AUGGAUCUGCCUACCACCAUGGACCAGAUUGCGGCCGCUCAGUCCAAAGACCCAACUAUCUCUGAUAUCAUCUGUGACAUUGGUUCAAAGACUGACAAUAAAGAGCUGAGGAUCGUGCUGCUGGGAAAAAGUGGAGCUGGGAAGAGUGCAAGUGGAAACACGAUCCUGGAUGAGGACCAGUUUGAAUCCAGACUCACUCAGAGUUCUGUGACCAAGGAGUGCGAGAAGAAAAGGGGAAGUGUUUCUGGGAGACAUGUUGCUGUUAUUGACACCCCAGAUCUGUCUGACAAAUUUCCUCGUGAAGAGAUUGAGAAAUGCAUCUCCCUGUCUGCCCCGGGACCCCACACUCUCCUCCUGGUGAUUCAGCUGGGCAGAUUCACACAGAAAGAGAAGCGAGCGCUGGAGACAAUCCAGGAGAUCUUCGGCGAGAGAGCGCUCAGCUACACCAUGCUGCUCUUCACUCAUGAGGACAAACUGGACAAGAAUCAUACAAUAGAGGAGUUUAUUAAGGGUGACAAAGACCUCCAGCAGCUUGUAUUGAAGUGUGGGGACCGGUAUCACACUUUCAAUAACAAGAAGAGGAGCAAUCGAGCCCAGGUCAGAAAUCUCCUGGGGAAAAUAGAGGCAAUGGUGGCAGAGAACAGAGACAGCUGCUACACCAGAGAAGCAUUAGAGAAGGCAGGUGAAGAACUCCAGUGUGAAAAGAGUAAUGCAACAGAAGCAGCUAAACAUUUAUUAUCUUUAAAUAAUAGCAGAAGCAAAACCAUGACUAUAAGAGACAGUAAUAAUGCUUUCAAUGACAGGAGGAACAUAAGCACUGAGAACAUUUUCAAUAACAAGAUGAGGAACAAUCUAAACCAGGUCAAACACUUAUUUGAGUUGAAAGUGGUAGAGAUGGGAGGCAGCUGCUACAACAGAGGGAUGAACCAGGAAACCAGGGCAGCACUCGGACAAAAGCCAGAGGAGAUAGUGAAAUUGAGAGCAGAUGAGAUACGCUGGGAGAAGGCGAAGGAAGAACGCCAAUUUGAAAAGGUCAGAAUGUUGAGGCUUGUUCUGGUUGGGAUGACUGGAGCUGGGAAGAGUGCAGCAGGAAACACAAUCCUUGGCAAGAAGGUGUUUUUAUCCAAGUUUUCUGCUGGUUUGGUGACGAAGGCGUGUGAGAAGAGGACAGGGGAAGCUGCUGGGAGGCCUGUAGCUGUGAUUGACACACCGGGCAUCUCUGACACACAGACCCCUAAGGCAGCUGAACAGGAGAUUCUGAAAUGUCUUGAUCUCUCUGCUCCUGAACCCCACGCUUUCCUCCUGGUGAUGCAGCUGGGACAAAUGGCAGGGGAAAAAAAGAAAACAGUAGACCUGCUGCAGGAGAAGUUUGGUGAGGAAGUUGUGAAGAAAACCAUCCUGCUUUUCACACGUGGGGAUGAACUGAAAGGCACACCGAUUGAGGAGUUCAUAAAAGAAAAUAAGGAAUUCCAGCAGCUUGUUAAGAAGUUUGGAAACAGGUACCACGUCUUCAACAAUGAUAACAUGCAGGACCGCACCCAGGUCAAUGAGCUACUGGAGAAAAUAGACAGCAUGGUAGAAAAAAACAAGAUUCUUCUAAUCCAGGAAUGUCAAAAGCCACCCUCAGAUUCAGCAGCAGCAGCAUCUGAAAACAGGAAGCUGAGGCUGGUGAUGGUUGGGAAGACUGGUAAUGGUAAGAGUGCCACUGGAAACACCAUCCUGGGCAAAAACAUGUUUCUAUCUGAAGCUGCUGCCAAAUCAAUAACAAGGACGUGUGAGAAGGGAGAAGGGGUGGUGGCUGGCAGACACGUGUCAGUGGUUGACGUGCCAGGCUUGUAUGACACCGCUCUCUCGCAAGAAGAUAUAAGAAAAGAGAUCACUAUGAGCAUCGCCCUGUCUGCCCCAGGACCCCACGCUUUCCUCCUGGUGAUAAAGGUUGAUCGAUUCACAAAGGAAGAGAAGAAAGCAGUGAAGCUGAUCCAGGAGAUCUUUGGGCAGGAGGCAGCAAAGUACACAAUGGUGCUUUUCACUCAUGCAGACAAACUGAAAGGCAAGACAAUUGAAACAUUUCUAGAGGAGGACAAGGACCUCAAAAAGCUAGUUAAGAAGAAGUGUGAGGACCGGUAUCACACCUUGAACAAUGAAAACCUGAAAGACCGCACCCAGGUCACUGAGCUACUGGAGAAGAUAGACAGCAUGGUGAAGUCUAAUGGAGAUGGCUGCUACACCAAUGAGAUGUACCGGAGAGCAGAAGCAGUGAUCAGACGAGAGCAGGGGAGGAUAAUGAGGGAGCUGGAAGAGGGAGGAAAACAAAGAGAAGGAGAGAGGAAACUGAGAGAAAAGGAGGAGGAGGACAAGAUUAAAAGACAGCUAGAGGAAGAGAGGAAAAUAAUGAAAGAAAAGUUUGAGAGAAAGAAUGAAGAAAGAAAAAAGAAAGAGCAGGAAGAGCAACAAAAAAGAGAAGAAGAGAUGAGAGAGAAAGAAAAGGAACUGGAGAAAGAGAGGAAAAGGAUGGAGGAAGAGUACAAAAUAAAGAAAGUGGAAAGAUUGAAGAAAGAGCUUGAGGAACAACAAGCAAGAGACAAAGAGAUGAAGCUGAGAGAAAAAGAACUGGAGGAAAAAAGGACAAGAGAGCUGGAGAAAGAGUACAAAAGAAAGUCAGUGGAAAGAAUGAAGAAAGAUAUUGAGGAACAGCAAAAAAGAGAAGAAGAAAUGAAACAGAGAGAAAAAGAGCUGGAGGAAAAGAGGAAAAUAAUGAGGGACGAGUAUGAAGAAAGAAGAAAGACACAGAUUGAGGAACAACAAAAAAAAGAGGAAAAGAUGAAACAGAGAGAAAAAGAGCUGGAGGAAAAGAGGACAAGAGAGCUGGAGAAAGAGUACAAAAGAAAGUCAGUGGAGAAUGAAGACAGAAUUGAGGAACAACAAAAAAGAGAAGAGAUGAAACAGAGAGAAAAAGAGCUGGAGGAAAAGAGGAAAAGAAUGAGGGACGAGUAUGAAGAAAGAAGAAAGACACAGAUUGAGGAACAACAAAAAAAAGAGGAAGAGAUGAAACAGAGAGAAAAAGAGCUGGAGGAAAAGAGGAAAAGAAUGAGGGACGAGUAUGAAGAAAGAAGAAAGACACAGAUUGAGGAACAACAAAAAAAAGAGGAAGAGAUGAAACAGAGAGAAAAAGAGCUGGAGGAAAAGAUAGAGAAAGUGCUAGAGGAAAAGAGGAACAGAAUAAAUGAGAUAAAGCAGGAAGCAAUGGAAAAAUUUUAG